CCUCCUGCCUGGCACCGUAAAUGUUAUUUAUGAAUGCCUGCCGCUCACGGGCGUGUGCACGCAGAUUCUCUAUUAUUAUGUUUUUAAUAAUAUCGAGACACUGGACAUUGAUUGUAGCCGAUGUUUAAGUGUGCCCCGGACCCUGCAGUGCCCGCUGUGUGCGGUUAAAUCCAGACUUUAAUUCAUUGUGGUCGGUUUGGUGCUGACAGCGGCGGCGGCAGGCGGAGCGGUGCGUUCUGCUCUUUAAUAAUACUGGGUCAAUACACCGAGCACCGCUGCUGUCUGCCCGCCCGCUGCAUCCACCGGAGCAGCUUCAGCCCGUCACCUGGAGGUGCUGUCCGACAAGGUGUGUUGCCAGGGGCAACAGCUGACUGACAAUGUCCUUGUGAGAGUGGGCAGGGCUACCUGGCCCUAAGGUGGUAAGGAGGAGGAGGAGUCUACGCCCUCAGCCCUUCCUGCUUCUCCUCCUGCGACGGACCAAACGGACGGACGCACAAACAGGCGUGGCUCUCCCCUCCCUCUUCCUCCUCCUCCUCCUCCUCCUCGUCCCCUCUCCUCCCCAUUUUCUCCCCCUCCUCCUCUCCCUGUCUCCUCCCCGCCACCUUCCCCCAUCUCCCCCCUCGUCCCCUGCCACCAUGCUGUGGUCACGCUGCUGGUGGAGAGCCUGAGAAAGCAGACUCUGGAAGGUGACCCUGCUCAGCCAGGGGACUACUACCUGUCCCUGCUGGACCCGAAAACCCUCGCAGAGUGCUGGCCCCCAGAUGGCUUGAUGCCUGAGAGCAGCUACUGGCAGCUCUGCCCUCCCUCCAAGUCUGGCCUGCAGGGGGGGUUACUGAGCUCUAGUUUCCCCCCCGGCCCUGUGCCCCUGGUGCCCCCAGAUGCUCACCUACAGGAGGGGGGCGACCCCCUGGACGGGACCCCCUCUCAGCCACAACAGCAUCGGCCCCUGGCGCCCAGCACCUCAGCAUCCGAGCUGUCUCUCCCUGGAGCGCCAGUGGCUCCUCCUGGCCCCGGGCCCCCUCCCCCUCCUCCCCCGCCUCCUAAACGCCACUGCCGUUCACUGUCGGUGCCCGAGGACCUGUCGCGUUGCCGCUACACCUGGCGGCCCAGCGCCUCACGGGUCUGGACUCCUGUCAGCCGUCAGCAGUGCCAUGGGGGAGCUGGGGGAGGAGUCGCAGGUGGGGGGCCUGGGGCAGGAGGAGGAGGUAUAGGGGUAGGUGCGGCGGGGGGAGGAGCCUGUCCUCUCCGCGCUCCUAGUUCCUCCCUGAACUCAUCGCUGCACUCCUCAUCGAGCCCCACCUUCUUCAGCCUGGCACUGUCUCCAGACUCCCCGCUGCCCUGGAGCUUCCCCUGGGACCCCAGCGAGGCAGCAGCAGGAGGAGGAGCCUGCUGCUGCUUCUUCCCCUCCCCUUCCUCCUGCUCCUCCUCGCCCUCCCCCCUCCACCCACCUCCUCCGCCUCAGAGGCGUUUCUCCCUCUCCCCUGUACUCAUCAGAGACUCGGCGGCCUCCACAUUCCUGCCUCCGCCUCCUGUGCCGAGCCAAGCAAUGGCGCCUCCUCCAGGCUGCUCUGCCAUGGCUGGAGCAGCCCGAGGCGGCCCGGUGCCCGCUUCACCCUCCUCAGCCUGCAGCACACCAUCGUCUCUGAGACGCAGCCUGCCACCGCAGCUGCCCCGCUGCCACUCCCAGCCCUGUGACCUGCUGCUGCUCAAACCAGGUCUGAAGAGACGCCGUGACCCUGACAGACCCUGCGCCCGACCUGUCCUCGACUUCACCAAGAUGACUCAGACCCGCAGCAUUGACCCGCAGUGUCUGGAGCGUGGCGGCAGGCUGGUCUGCGGCGGUGACGUCUGCAUGGGCAUGGAGGCCUUCAUGGCCGACUUCCGCGGCUCCUGCUCGCCGGCCGAGUGCCUGGGCAGGACCAGCAUUGGCCCGCUGAGCGAGAGCGACGAGGAGUGCCGCGAGGACGACGACGAUGACGAUGACGGGGAGGAGGAAGCUGAGGAGCGCGAGGCAGCGCAGCAGGCGGUGUUUGAGAGGGAUUGUACAGAACUUGACUUGAACUUAAUAGAAGAAAACUGACACAUUUGUAAAUGGAAGGCUGUUCUCUGUUUCAGUUUUUUUAAUUUUGUUUUAUUUUGAAUUGAUCUGAACCCCGCCCUUCUUCCUGGACCACCACCGUCUCAACACUCCGCGCCUCCUUGCCACCAAUCAGCAAGGCUCUCAGGAACAACACCUUCUCUCAUUGAAUGAGCUGGGGUAAACAAAGCUGAUUGAUGACGACAGUGAUGAUCUGACUACCACUGGUAAAGACUCAGCGCUGUGGCUUCACUUGGAAUCCUCCUGGUUGCUUUUUAACAUUUCUUUCGUUGGAAAGCUGUUUGUUUUUAAAGGGAGGAUCUCUUAGAGAGUAACUCUGGUUGCCUGUGAUGAGAGGAAACCUCCACACUCUGGAUCCCAGCCAACAGUACGUCCUCCUGCAUCUGACUUUCAGUUACCUAAAAGGCAGGAUCUUUGCUUCAGGUAUCUGAAGCCCAGAUGCAGAGUUUUCCCUCUACUGUGACUGGAUUGAGACUGUGCAGGUGCCUCUUGGCAUCCAGGUGUCUUCCAACACACAGCUGCUGAGUCUCUUUAACACACUACAGUCUGAUGAGGCCGUCGCCACAAUGCAGCUCCGUCCUGAAACCCCAUCACCACGCCUGUCACACAGUCCAGCACCACAACACGAAUAUCAGGGGACACCAGAUCUCUUCACCAGAAGAGCACCUUUAAUGUCCAGUGGACAUUUAAAGGGUUAAUUCCCCUGAAUCACAAGAACUUCUUUUCCCUAUAUGAAGUAAAUAUACUUAAAACUCAUAUCAAAGGGCUUUCUAUGAGAGAGUAUUUCAAAAAUUAAAGACUUAAAUAUUAGUUCUUUAAUUAAAAAAGGAUCCUUGGAAAAUAUUCAUUUUUCAACAUAGUUUUUAUACAAAAGUAUAAAGAAAUAUUGGCCAUAACUGAUAAGUAUGUUGUCAAGACUGCAGAAUAGUAACCCUAACCCAACAAAAACUGCUAUUAGUUGAUGAAAUAAAAUUAAUUGCUAACUAUUGUGAUGGUCUAUUAAUGGCUUCAGUCAUUUUUUAAGCAAAAAUGUCAAAUUGGUUCCAGCUUCUUAAAAGUGAGGAUUUGCAGCUUUUCUUUGUUAUCUUGUUGUUGUCUUCACAUUUUGGACAAAAAAAAAAUCACUUUGGCUAAACGAUUAAUAGAUUAAUUGGCAAAUAAUUAAAUGUAUCGUUAGUCGCAGCCCUACUGCUGAAUAUAAUCAUAUCUCACUGUAGACUUAAAAAAAAAUGCUGUUUUUGUCAUUAAUUUGUUAGAAUGACAUGCAUGAAGACUUUUAGAACUUGAAUGGCACUAAGGAACGCAUACCUCUGCUAAGGCCAAAUGUCCCAAUUUUUUUCCAUCAAGAAUCAUGUAGUCCAUGAGGGCAUUUUUCUACAUUUUAGGUCAUUUAUAUCACAAAAUGUAAAAGGGGGAAAAAAAAGAAAGGUUCACGACCUGGUCCGUAAUAACACCAAAAGUUAAUGAGGUCUGUUCUUGGCUGAGACCCAAAAGUGAGCCUAAGAUGAGUCCCUUCAGAUAUAAUGAUUACAAUGAUAUGUGUCAAGACCUUAUCUGGGAAUUCUACUUGUUGCCCUCUCCAUGUCCUCUCUUUUGGUUGGUUGGUUUGGGUUGUUUUGUUUUAUUUAUUGACACAAUGAAAUAUCAAGAAUUUGACCGGCUUCAACCUUUAAAAACAAUUGAGUACAACAGCUUGUGUUUCAUAGUAAUCAUUAAGACUGAUUUGUUUGCCCGUUUCCGUAAGUGAAAGUGAUCACAUAGAGAUGUAUAUUUGGAUCUGGCCAAAACAUUUUAGUUUUUCAUGUUAAUUUCAAGGCAUUGCAAUGAAAUUUAUCAUGAUAGUGGCCCAGAUUUAUUUAUAACAAUACGUACUUCUGAGUCUGGUGUUGCAUUUAAAAAACACACUGAUCACACACACACAUGCACGCGUCACAGUCAUGUGACCUCAGCGUGGCGAUGCAAUUCAGGUUCGCUGUUGUUUUGAGGUGUCGUCCCAUCAGGCUUCACUGAGGGCAGGUAGCCACUGAUGCUGUUGUUCACCUGAGUGUUCACACAUUCCUGUCACACGCCUGUCACUGAAAAACACUGCACACACUCCUCUCAUUCACUCACCCAGUCGCUCCGUGUGUGUGUGUGUGUGUGUGUGUGUGAGAGAGAGAAUCCCUGAACACCACCGAUGGUCUUGUGAUUUAUGUCCAGAUUGGCUCCAGAUUAGGGUUGCAAUGGUAUGAAUUUUUGACAGUACCAUAAUCAUCUAAAAA